AUGAGUAGUCGUACUACGCGAGCAAAAGCGCAAUUGAACGCCGCUGCAUCAACAGCGAGUCCGUCUCAACCCACUCCUCUCAAGCUGAAAGAAAAACCACAGUCAGUUAGAGGAAGAGGGCGGUCUCAAUUAAAGGCAGUUGAUGGAGCGGCUGAAGAUCAGGAGGGGAAGAAACAGGAGUUAGCCGAGGAGAAGGAGACGGAGAAGGAGAAUAUGAAGCAGGAGGAUGGUGUUGCUUCGGUCAAGGCAACUGCGAAACCGGCUCCCACACGCAAGGCCAGUUCGAAGGGGAAAGCAAAAGUCGAGGACGUUUUUUGCUUCUGCAGGAAGAGUGAUAAUGGCACGCCAAUGGUUUACUGUGUCGAAUGCAAGGACUGGUACCACUUUUCUUGUGUGGAUUUGGAUGAACAGACUGCCCACGAUAUCAGUGUGUAUAUCUGUCCCGCUUGCUCCAAUAGAACUGGACUCCACCCAGUCAUGGAAUGGGAGGGCCCCAAUGCUGUCGAGGAGGUUAUAGAAACCAACCAAACCAUCACUAAAACCAAUAGGAAGAGAAAGUCUCAACCACUGGCGAAUUCGGUCGUUCAUCUGGACGAUAGUCAAGAGUCAGAUGAUCCGGGUAGCGAGGACGAUUAUACCGAGGAAGUUGUCCUGGCGAAACCAUUGGGAAAGCGCCGGCUUCCACAAACCUACGAAUCAGAAUCAGACUCCGAUGAUUCUGCUAUCUCCGAAACACAUCGGAAACGGCGGCUGACGAAAGGAAGACCCAAGGGAUCAACUUCACCUGGACCACCGCCCAAAGCCAAACGAAAGACAAGCACGACGGUCUCUCAGCAGCCACCUACAAAGAAAGCAAAGAUCACCUCAUCUACGGAUCCGACCCGCAAGUAUUGUCUUGGGAAACUCGAGGAACUGUUUCAAGGCAUCUUCCUCCGAUAUCCUCACAUACACAUUACUGGCAACAACGAGGAAAAGGAUGGAGGUGUCGGUUCGGAAUCACUAAUCGAGAAGAAACCUGAAGAGUUGACAGAUGACGAGAGAGCGACUGUCUUGGCCAGCGCAAAGCAGUUUGCCGACGAGCUUGAGAGUUGUGUAUAUGAGAUAUAUUGUGAACCGGAUAAAAAUGGUGUUCCUUCCGCUGGAGGAAAGUACAAGGACCGCUUUCGGACUAUUCAGUUCAAUCUUAGCAAACCUGAUCGUGUUGUGAUCCACAAACGGAUCGCUACCAACCAAAUUUCGCCCAAAGAGAUAUCUCUAAUGUCUUCCACCGACUUAGCCAAUGAGGAGUUAAAGCAAUCAAUCAAGAUAGCUGAGCAAGAGGCACUCGAGCACUCGAUUUUGAAGAAAACUACAGCUCCUCGUGCAAAGAUUACUCACAAAGGACUGGAAGAUAUUGAGGACCUCAACGGGAACAUCCAAGACCGAGAUCGUCGACACGAAGAUGAGGAACGAAUGGAAAGAGAACGUUUGGCAAGGUUGAGGUCCGCUCAACCCCGUCAGCGUACAAUGUCCGUCUCGGUUCCCCCGGAGUCGCCCGUUGUCCCACAGGGCGGCGCUUCCUGGGGUGCUCCUCCACCUGUUCCUCCUCAUGCAUUUUCUCCCACCGAAGUCGUUCCCUCUGGCGACUUUAAUCCCCAGAGGCCAUCCCUUCUCGUCAACGCAGAAUCGGAUAUAGUCAUACAAGAACCUGAACUUAAUCUAGCAGACCUAAUCAACAUGGAAGAUGACCCGCGCCCCGAGGAUGCCUCCGAUCCCCCACAGUCUUCGACGGCUGUGGCUAAACCUCUGGGAGUUGGAGAUGAAGGAGGAAUCAAAUCACCUGUGUCCCCCUUGCAUCCACCAGCGCCUCCCACACCCCUCUCUCCAUUUGCCAAUGUCCCUCAGUCAGCUAAUGAGACUACAACGACGGAUCCAUUCUUCAAUCUUAAUACGCUAUGGUCUGUGCCAGCGCGCGAUGCACCUAUAUCACCAGUCGAACAAAACUCGAAUACACCAUCUUCACAAGGGGAUAAUACGGACGUUGUCAUGGGGUCUUCGGAUCCUCUCGGAGGUGGUGCAAACGACGGUGACUUUGAUAUGUUCCUGGAGGAGAAGGAACCCCUGACACCGGAAGCAUCACGUCAGUUGUUUGAAGGACUUCCCAUAGUAUGGGAUGGCAAGAUCUCCAUGCCUCUCGAUUCAACAAUUCCUCAAGACACCCCGGUCUUGGCUCGCCAAAUGGGUGGAAGACCCAUAGAAGCUGGAUCACUGCUUUGGAAAACCCUGUUCCCAUCUGACCUUCUCAGGAUCGACGGCAGAGUACCUGUAGAGAAUUCAGCCAAGUUCUUGUUACAGAUGCGAAUGAAUCCGAUCAAAGAGUUGGUCGCUGUCGCGUUUUCUCCCGUCACUGAAGGAGAUUCAGGGUUUAAGGCGCUGUCUGAUUUCUUGAUCGCCAAAAGGCGGCACGGCCUCGUCUUUCCAUGGGGGCAACGCCCAAAGGAACAUCACCCUGGAAAGGAAAUGUAUAUCAUCCCUCUACUUUCCAGUGACCCGCUCCCAGAUUACAUGGAGCUUCUCGAUGAUCUCAAACUCCCAACGGAGCGUAUCUCUAAUUACAUGGUCGGUAUAUGGUGGUUAAACCGAGGAAAACUGGCUCCUCCUCCGUCGUUGUCUACAGUAACACCGACACCUAACAUUCCUCUGGUGAUAACAUCCCAGCCUAGUCCACCCCCACCGCAACUGCAGCCGAAUCCGAUCCCAACUCUGCCAAGUCAAAUAGCAAGUCUUGCAGCGACAUUGCCCGUUGAUCAGAAAGCUCUAGCUGCCGAAAUCGCGACACUCACGCCAGAGCAAAUGGAUCUUAUGAUGCGGGCACUUGCUUCCUCUGUUCCAAGUGCUCCCCUUCCUGCUCCCCCUAUUACCGCACCUAUUCCUUCCCAGCCACAUUCUUCUCCUUCUAUUCCUGGAUUCUCACCGUCAAGCUCUCAAUCGCCCUGGUCACCCUCAGUAGCCAAUUAUCCUCCCAUGCCACCAUAUGCGUCGACCUCAGGUCUUGGAAAUAACAGUCCGCCGCAACAGAUACGCCAACAUAACGAUCGUGGAGGUGGAGGUGGAGGUGGAGUGGGAAGGCGUGGAAGUGGUGGCGGACGGGGGAAUCGUGGGCGACAUCGCUCUGAUGAUUUUUCUCGUAGACCGGUCGAUUCUGGAUGGCCUCGUAAACGGCAAAUGCAAGCUGACUCAUCCCAGAGUCACAACGGAGGAUGGUCAUGA